AUGGCAGCUCUUGAUAUGGAAGCUCUCAUUGAGAGAUGUAAAGACGAGCAGCGAAACCUUUGGGUUCACAUCGAAGCUUCGACUCCGCUUGAGAAAUACCCAGCGAAGCAGCAUGCUCAGCGCGUUGCGGACAAGCUGGGUGUUACUGAAGGUUUGAUCUACCUCCCAGGAGUUCCCACUGUGCUUCUCGAAGACAGCGAUCAGCCCCGACCGUUCCGGCAACGGAGAUAUUUCUACUACCUGAGCGGCUGCGAUGAACCGGACUGCCAUCUCACGUAUGACAUCGAGCAAGAUGCACUUGUUCUCUACAUACCCGAAAUUGAUCCGAAGAAGGUCAUCUGGAAUGGCCGAGGGUCCACCAUCACUGAAGCUACCGAGAAGUAUGAUGUUGAUUGUGUUUACUACUCCAACCUCGUCAAGCCAACAGUGUUGAUCUGGCCAGCGCUCAAUGAGAAGGGCAAUGUUUACAUUCUCCAUCCGAGUCAAGGCGUCGAGCCUGGCCACAACAAGAUGGAUCGGGUCGACGCUACCAAGCUCCAGCAUGCUAUGGAUGCAGCACGCGUCAGGAAAGACUCCCAUGAGGUCAAACUGAUCAGGAGAGCCAACGAGAUUUCCGCCGAAGCCCACUCGAAUGUCCUAUCCAACAUCCUCAAAUUCAAGAACGAAGCUGAAGUUGAAGCCAUCUUUCUUGACACUUGCGUGUCCCAUGACGCGAAGAACCAAGCUUACGAGAUCAUCGCCGCUUCCGGGGAGAAUGCGAGCACGUUGCACUAUGUCAAGAACGACGAGCCACUUGCUGGUCGGCAGCUGAUGUGUCUUGAUGCUGGCUGCGAGUGGCAGAACUACGCAAGUGACGUGACGAGAACCUUUCCCCUGUCCGGUCAGUGGCCCUCGAAAGAGGCCAAAAAUAUCUACGACCUUGUUCAAAGGAUGCAAACGGCUUGCAUCGAGCGCUUGAAGCCUGGUGUAAAGUUCAUCGAGCUUCAUUACCUCGCCCACCGCAUAGCUAUCGAAGGUCUGCUGGCGCUAAACAUCCUGCAGAACGGUACGGUAGACGAGAUCGUCAAGGCCGGGACUUCCUUGGCUUUCUUUCCCCAUGGUCUUGGUCAUCACAUGGGUCUUGAAGUGCACGACGCCUCCGCUGUACCACUCAUGUCUUAUCCCGGCAAAGAGUCAGUUGAGAGUUCUCUUGUCGAGCUCGAGGGGGCUGAACUGCCGGCGGAUAUAGCUGCUGUUUACGAGCCUGGAUUAUGCAGGGCUCCAACAGACCCGAAGAGCAGCGCCUUGGAGGAAGGUAUGGUCGUGACAGUGGAACCUGGGAUAUACUUCUCCCGCUAUGCUCUAUCAACCAUUUACUUGCCUUCGCCAGUCCACUCCAAGUACAUCAAUGUCGAGGUAUUGGAGAAGUACUUGCCCAUAGGCGGUGUAAGGAUCGAAGACGAUAUCUUGGUCACGGAGCAAGGCUACCAGAAUCUCACAACUGCGCCGAAAGGCGAGGAGAUGUUGGAUCUGAUUCGAGCUCAAGUUCCAGUCGAAGCUAUUGCUACGUUAUCGCAAUCAUCAGCGCCCCGAUUCCAAGAUGUUUCACCCCCUAUAUUCCCAAACAUCUCUCGCGGGACUUGGUCUCACGGAGGUUUUAACGCGGACAAGCUUUCGACCGUCAAAGCAGAACUCCGAAAUGACUCAUUGCGGUUGGUGACUGACACGCUCGAUCGGGCCACCAAACUCGAACGGUAUCUACGCCUGCGGCAUCAGCAACUUGAUCAAGGUUCUCUUCGAGACCUAGUAGAUGCGCAAGGUCCAUCAUCGGUCAACACAAGUCGGCCCUCACCAGCGGUGGCUCAAACCAUUGUCCGCAAGUUCUACAAAGACAUGCAAAACGAGUUCCGGGCCGCUUUUCCUGGGAAAUGGGAGGAUCUCGCCGCUGUUGAAAGCAAAGGCUACCCGGAGAUCGAUCCGCCACUCCGACCGCUUAGCUCAUCGAGUGCUCUCCAGGAUCCUGCCACAGACACGGCGCAGCAACUUCAGAUGGACACCACUAAUUUCGCUCCCCAAGCGCCCAGAGUUCCGCCAAAAACUCCGCAGGUGCCUGAAAAGCCGCUCGCUUAUCGCCAGAGCAUGCCUUCGGACAACCUCCAGUCUGGCGCUUCCACCGAAUAA